AUAUCCGAAGAAAUAAAGAAGCAGGGUGACAAAGUACGAAAUAUAAAAAGUUCAAAAGUUGAAAAGAGCAUUAUUGAUCAAGAAGUGAAGGUUCUCUUAAGUUUGAAAAGUGAUUAUAAAAAUGCGACUGGUCAGGAUUGGAAACCAGCUGAUACUAAAGUUGCUAGUACUGAAAGCAAGAUAAAGCCAGGAAACCAAGACAUUUCAGAAGCAGAGAAGAUAUCCGAAGAAAUAAAGAAGCAG